CGUGCGUGUCGGAUGACAAACAGGGACAGAUUUCUGACAGUACCGACUACAAAGUGCCAUAGUUUGCGAUGGCUAUUCCAGAAAGAACACGAAGUAAUGAAGAGAACUGAUGGAGUAAACUGUUAUAAAACAUAAUGCGUUCGUGUCAUUAACAGGGACCAGCGACUCACCAGGAUAUGCAUGAGAUGGUGGACGUUGUCGACUUUGAAGAGAAGAGGUUCAAGAAGUCACAUUAUUGUAAAGACGGGAAUCGCAGGACCGAGAAACGGGAAAGUAGCUGUUUUCAUGAACCCCCCAAAAUAGUUGAAAUGUCACUAUAAACGAACCUGACUCAACACAACUUGAACAUAGCCAGACGACACCACGCAUUGGACUAGUGGGAGUUUUUUUUUAUAUAAGGAACGGCGAUGGCGUUGGCAUGACGGGGGAGCCGGGGACCACGUAGCGACGGCGCCCGCUUCAGAGCCAUGGAAGAUUCCUGGACGUCAGUGUUGACGGUCAACCCGAACGAAGGCCCCAAACUGUGGGGCGAAGUCGGCGGCAGGGAGAAGCCCAACGGAAAGCUGUCUCCGCCCAGCCAACAGUCGUCCCCGGGGCAGCCUGAGGAGGAGGUGGGCCCGGAGGACAAGAUGGAGCAGGGGAGCACCGGGGAGGAGAGCAGCUGGCUGGAGGCCUCACCGGAGCAGGAGCAGGAGCAGGGCUUAGACAGGGGAGCGCAGAAUGGGCACGCAGGCGAGGAGGAUCUGCAGGAGAAAGGCAGCUCUGGCACCAGCGCCAGCCGCAGCACGGGCAGCCCUGCGCCCUCCAGCAGUGGCACAGCAGAUCUGUCUCAGACGUCUCCUCCGUCGCUCACUGACCAGCUGCUGUUGGGUCGGGACGACGCGACCGGGAUCAACGUCGAGUGCCGUAUCUGUGGUGACCGGGCCUCAGGCUUCCACUACGGAGUUCAUGCCUGUGAGGGCUGCAAGGGCUUUUUCCGGCGGACCAUCCGAAUGAAGCUGGACUACGAGCGCUGCGAGAGGAGCUGUAAAAUCCAGAAGAAGAGCCGCAACAAGUGCCAGUACUGCCGCUUCCAGAAGUGCCUGAUGCUGGGCAUGUCCCAUGAUGCGAUCCGGUAUGGCCGUAUGCCAGAGGCAGAGAAGAGGAAGCUGGUUGCAGGACUCUUAGCGGGAGACGAAUGCAGUCAGAACUCUGCAGCCUCGGACCUCAAGUCGCUGGCCAAGCGCGUCAACAACGCCUACCAGAAAAACCUCAACAUGACCAAGAAGAAGGCCCGCAGCAUCCUCACUGGCAAGACCAGCUCCACCUCGCCAUUUGUUAUCCAUGAUAUGGACUCGUUGUGGCAGGCAGAGAAUGGCCUGGUGUGGAACCAACUGAUAAACGGGGCUCCCCCACACAAGGAGAUCGGGGUUCACGUCUUCUACCGCUGCCAGUGCACCACCGUAGAGACGGUGCGGGAGCUCACCGAGUUCGCCAAAAGCAUCCCAGGGUUCGUGGACCUCUUCCUCAAUGACCAGGUGACGCUACUCAAGUACGGGGUGCACGAGGCCAUCUUCGCUAUGCUGCCGUCGCUCAUGAACAAGGACGGGCUGCUGGUGGCGAACGGGAAGGGCUUUGUCACGCGCGAGUUCCUGCGCAGCUUACGGAGGCCCUUCAGCGAGAUCAUGGAGCCCAAGUUUGAGUUCGCCGUCAAGUUCAACGCGCUGGAGCUGGACGACAGUGACCUGGCCCUUUACGUGGCGGCCAUCAUCCUCUGUGGAGACCGACCUGGGCUGAUGAACAUCAAGCAGGUGGAGGUGAUGCAGGAUGGCAUCCUGCAGGCUCUCAACCAGCACCUAAGCGCCAACCACCCCGACUCCAGCUACAUCUUCCCCAAGCUGCUGCAGAAGAUGGCCGACCUGCGGCAGCUGGUCACCGAGAACGCCCAGCUGGUCCAGAAGAUCAAGAAGACCGAGUCAGAGACCUCACUGCAUCCACUACUGCAAGAGAUCUACAGGGACAUGUACUGAUGGCAGACACAAGGGGCUCAGAGACCCACACACUGACACAAACACCCUCUGGAUUGAUGUGCUGACACGCACAUACAGACACACACACACACACACACACACACACACACACACACAUACGUGUGAACUGGAUGUUUGCUUAGGAAAGGUCAAGAAGCGCAUUUAAGAAGAAGGAAGAAUAGUAAAAGAAGAAGAAAAAAGCAACUGUCUACCCCACAAACCAAUGCAAUUCUUUUUGUGUCAUAAAAGAUGAUGUCUAUUCUCGUAACAGAUGAUUGUGGUUCACUAUUUUUAUACUGCAGCUCUUUGUAGCCUCCUCCCCUUUGGAGCCUUUCUAUUGGUCAAUUUUUAUUAGUCUUCGUCUAUAUGACAACUUUUACUACUGUAGAGGAUUUGAAAUAAGACUAUGCAUAUUUUGUUUCACCAAAUGUUUGAAAGGUCAUUGAAAUCAAAGACUUACUGAAACUAUUAGUUGUUAAUGAGAACUGACCCAAGGUCAGGCAAUAGCUUCAACAUUUCUCUGGUGUAUUCUAAUAGAGAACAAACCCAGAGUGUAUGCAAUCACUUUCUCCCUCCCUGCAUCCUUCUUCCAUCCCUCUUUCACACACACGCACACACACACACACACACACACACACACACACACACACACACACACACACACACACACACACACACAAACACACAAGAAAACUCUUGCUCUCAUGCCCUCAGAUCUUUGCAGCACACACACACACACACACACCGAGAAAACAAGAAAACUAACCCCAAGUCCAGUGUAUCUACAGUAUAGCACUUAGGAGGUAAAAUAUGGGAGUAUGGAACAUUCAUGACAAAAGAAGGACUUUAGCGAGGGGGUCAGAGCUGACUUUGCUAUCCUCGUCCACAGUAUUGCUUCAUACAACCUCCAAACCUCAGUUUUGUUUCCUUGUCUCUUUGUCUUGUUGUGUUUUGUCAUGUGAUGGGUCUGUUUCGUAGUUUUGAGGAUUGUUAAUGACAAUGCUGUGAAGGAAAAAAAAACUUGAUCACAGGGUCUUGCUAAAUGUAUCAUUACCUGAUUUAUCAAUUUACUCAGAACUGCCGUUAUUUCAUCCUCAAUUUCACAUCUGGGUCCUUCAUGUUAAGUAACUUGUAGUAACUAUUGCAUUGGAUAGAGCAUAAAGCUGCUGUAUGGGAAUAUGCUGUUUGGAAUACUUAGAUUUGAUUAUUAUCCCCAAAAUAGAUCCCCUAUGAAAUAUAUCUUCUAUUCUCCCCCGAUCUUUAGUAUUCAACUUAACUUUCAACACAGUCUGGCAAUGUUAUGUAAUAGAUCAGGAAAUGGCUUGUCUGAUGGGCACCAUCUUACAUUUAACGCUUAUAUGAAUUGUUUAAAUGUUAAACAUUUAUACGUAUUGUUUAAAUUAAUUUAUAACAGAUGGUGGAGAGAGAUAAAUCUUGCAGAUACUAUUAUUGCUAGACCUUCAAUUCCAUCUUUCUCCACACCUCUGUGGCCCUUUCUCUCAAGCCCUGUCAAAAUGGUGCCCUGAUGAUGACCAUCAUCUCCUCCUUUUCAUAUGUCAUAGGUCUUAGUUCUCAUUCACUAACUGCAUUUGUUUGUAAAAAUCCUUUUGGGAAUAUACUAAACGUUUACUAAAUCCAGGGUGUCUUUCUGACCCCCAGUGUCUUUUCCAAGGGUGCCCAGACUCCAGAGUAUGGGAAUGAACUAGUUUUGAAUGAAUCAUAGCCACCAUGGAAGCAAAGGAGAUCCAUAGUCAUUUGUAGUAACAUUCACACCUCCUUACGUUACUUGGGUUUGGUCCAUCGCUUUUUCCCUUACAGGGUCUUCCAAGCGAAACUGUAUCCACUUCCAUGAAUUGAAUGAGUAAGUGAGGCCAAAGGUCUUACUCAGUGGGGCACGGGUAACUCAGUGGCUUAAACACACUGAGCGUCAGGCCUCAAGGCAGGACUAAAGAUAUGACUAAAGACUAAAGCAAGCUAAAGCUGUGGCAUCGUGUUCUAACAGCACAUGCUGUUCCCCUCAGGCUUUUUCUCCCUUAGUUUAACUGAAGGUGUGCCCUCAUCAGCUGUAGACUUCCAUACAUUCUUGUCUAAAUCGGUCUUUGUGGUUGUCAGUUUAUCAUGUUAGAGCGAUUAUCUUCAUGUGCCAUGACAUGUUUGAGGACUUUUGGUUUGUAAAUGCGUCAUCAUGCCAAGGUGAGGUUACAGCAGUGUGCUGAAUCAUUCACAUCUCUUGAUAUUGAUCUAUUGUUUUGUUUUGUUGUUAUGGUGACUCUCGGAGUCCAGGUCUUGAGUAAAGUGCUGGUGCAUACUCCUGAUUGGCUUAGUAAGAUUCUGAGGUUCCGUGUCACAGUUGUAGUGUCAGCAGUCUGCCACCAAGUUGACGUAAAAAAGUACAUUGUCAGCAUGUUUCCUGCUCCUCAGUCUGGUGUGCCUGUUACAUUUCAUUUUUUUCUCAGCAUUUCAGUCCUAUGCAUCAUUUUCUUCAAUCCUAUGCACACUGCACAGCUGUGGAUACAUUACAUUUACACAAAGACAAUACUAUGUACACCUACUUCUUGUAUUGUCUAUCUUUGUGGGCCUCCGGAUAUCUUGGUAUGGUGCUGCUAUUUAUCGUUUGUGUUAUGUUAGCUGACAUAGUUACCCUUCCUGGCCUCCCGCUGUGCAGAUAAAUACAUACUUUCUCUAUGAGCACUGUCAGUGUACAAAGGCCAAGCUGUGAACACACAGUGGUGGACACUGUGCCGGUCUCUUAUUUUGUUUUAUUUGUUGUUGUUUUUUCUGUUACUGAAAUAGAACAAAGUUACAAUUGAAGAUUACCACAGUAUAAUUUCUAUCCAUUUUAUGGAAAAUGAGUAAAACUUUUUACAAUCUUC